CCCAGCAAUAAAUAACAAACCUCCAUACCACCGUACCAGAGAUCCAUGGCCUCUGAGGAAGCAGUUGGAUUAGAGGAGCUCCUAAAGCAAGCUCAUGGGCUCCCUCCUGACAAGCAGAGAAAGGUGGCAUCUAUCCUAGGCUCAGUGGUGGCUGAUGCAGCAGCACAACCGCUCCACUGGGUGUACAAUCCUGAUGCCCUGAAGAGUGCAGUGGCUGGUAUUGACUGUCCUGAGUUCUUGCCCAAGUCAGCCAAUCCCUUCUACUGUAUACCAACUGGCAGCCAGAGUCCCUAUGGUGACCAGCUCAUCAAUAUGCUGGAAUCACUCGUGGUGUCAAAAGGUUUCAACGCCGAUGAUUUUGGUGAGAAGGUCUUCAAAGCAUUUGGUCCUGGCUCUCCCUAUGACAAUCCAGUGACUGCAGAUUACGCAAAGGGUAAACAAGACAAGAGAUACCCUAUCCAAUCAAAAUGGGUAACAUUUAUGCUCAGUCGUUUCACCAAACUCUAUUCCGAAAAGAAAAAACUCGAGGACGAAACUGAAGAAGAUACAAACGAUGACCCAGACAGUAUCGCUCGUUGUGUACCAUUGGUUGCCCUCUACACAGGCAAUCCUGAGAUGUUGAGCACAGCUUACGAUGCUUGCAGUAUGAUACAAAGCUCUGAUAUCAUUCUAACCAUAGUCCUGGCAGCUUGUCGAGUCAUGGAGCAGUAUAUACUUCAAGAUGGGACUGAAGCUGAUGGCUCCCCUCAAGUCGAGAAAGUGAUUGGUGAUUUGAAAUCGGCAAAACGUACUUUCCCGAAUGAUUUGGAUCUUGCAGUGUCUGGUUUCCUGGCCGACGCUCUGGCUACUAAAGAGAUGACAGUUGAUGAGGCCACUGCAAAGCUGGGGAAAGCAUGAGGUUUGCCAGGGUCCUUACAGGCGGCUGUGAGGGCUCUGUUGGAUGCAGGGGACUACGAGGGACCAGUGAGACAGGUGGUACUGGCAGGGGGGUGUAACUGCUCCAGGGUCAGCUUCAUUGGGGCUUGCCUCGGGGCAAAGU